ACGCAAGCCGCGGAAGCCAACAGGAGCACGCACGUAACACGUUGCGCCGCUGUGCACGGAAGUGGCCUGCAAGAGUAGUGUGUGCGGAAGGUGGCCGCUGUUUGUGUUCUGGGGCGUCGAGGAGGUUUCUUCAUGGCGUUGGAUUCAAAAGUGGAUUAAGUGGCCGAAAGCGUUUCCCGAACACAGGACCGCCGGCGGACGUUUCUUCGACCACCGGAUUUAUCGUCUCGCUACAGAGUCUCUCAUCGUCUUUCAAACGCGGUGCUCCAACCUAUGCGGAUUUGCGCCUGAGGGCCCGAACCGGAGGAGCCAGCCAGCAGGAUGCCUCGCAAGACUGCGCGAGCCGCAAAACAGGACGCCGAAGCGCCGGCAGCCGAGGACGGCAAGGCGGACGAGACCCCCGCCGCUACGGAAGGGGCCCCACGGCGGUCUAGCCGACGUGCGGCAGCCAAGCCAGCAGCCGACUAUGCAGUCACGGGAGGACGCACGCGCCGGAGCUCCACGGCCGCUCAGACGGCUGCAUCUACGGCAGAGGGCCAUCGCAGCUCGCCAGUUGAGUCUCCUGCCACACGGGUCAAGAGCGCUCGCCGGACAUCGGGGCCGGUGAACUACGAGGAGAGUGACGGCGCCGAAGGAGAGGAGGAAGAGGAGGAGUACCGUGCAGAGGAGGAGAGCGAGAACGAGUCCAACUCCGGGGACGGCACCCGCAAGCAGCGAGCUGCUGGCCGUGGAGGACGGGGUGCGGGGCGGCCGGCGCGGGGCCAGGCUGCGGCUACUACGGGCCGCAGGGGCCGCCGGGCCGCCAAGAAGGACGAAGACGAGGACGAAGAGGAGGAAGUGGUGACGCCUCGGCGGAGAGGCCGCAAGCCAGCAGCCGAACUCCGCAAGGCGCCCGCCGCCGAGGAGCGUCCCAAGCGCAGCUCCCGGAGCACGCGGGGCAGUCGCGCUGCAGCCGCAACAGCGGCGGAAGAAGAGGAGGAGGAGGAAGAAGAAGAGAAGGCGCCUGCUCCCAGCCGACGGAGGGGCGCCAAGCGAGGUGCCCAGCAGUCCGAGCCACAGUCGAAACGGCGCAAGACGCAGCAGGAGGCCGACAAGACGAAGAAGGACGAGGAGGAGGAGGAAGGAGAGGAAGAGCCCAUGGAGACUGCUGAGGCCACUGAAGAGGACAAGGCCGAAAAGAAGCCGGCUGCUGAGGCAGCCAAGGAAGAAGACGGUGCAGCCGAGCCGAUGGAGCAAGGUGACGAGACAGAGGAGUCCGAAAACAAUGAGGCCAAGCCAUCUGCUGGCGUCACAGCCGAGUCCCAGGAUGGCACAAAGCCAGUGGACAAAGAAAAGGGAGCUGCGUCCAGCAGUCCUGAAAAGAGCAGCUCCGACAAACCGGCUGCCGAAGCACGUAGCCCUGAAAAGGCAGUGUCUGAAAAGCCGACACCAGAGAAACAAAGCCCCGAAAAACCGGCCUUAGAAAAGCCGAGCGCUGAAAAGACAAGUCCGGAAAAGGUCAGCCCCGUGAAACCAAGCGUUGAAAAGCCAAGCGUUGAGAAGCCAAGUCCUGAAAAGAUGAGCCCUGUAAAACCAAGCGUUGAGAAGCCGAGCAUCGAGAAAUCAAGCCCUGAGAAGCCGAGCUCCGAAAGGCCAACGCAGCCAAGUGUGGUGAAGCCAGCUUCGGAGAAGGCAACUCCAGAGAAGGCGAGCACCGAAAAACCGGCAGCCGAAGCGCCAAGUCCCGCAAAGCCAAGCCCAGUAAGGCCGGCUGCCGAAAAACCAAGCCCCGAAAAGCCAAGUUCCGAGAAGCCAAGUGCCGUGAAGCCUAACACCGAGAGACCAAGCCCCGAGAAACCAAGCCUCGAGAAGACAAGCGUUCAAAAGUCGACGCCAGAAAAAGCCCCCGUCCCCGAAAACCUGAGCCCCGUCAAGGCACCUACGCCCGUCAAGCCGGAUACUGAGAAGCCGAGCCCCGUCAGGCCUGUACCCGAAAGGGCCCCCCUUCCGAAACCGAGUCCCGAAAAGCCAAGCUUCGAGAAACCCAGCCCCGAAAAGCAGCCAAGCGUUGAAAACAAGUCCGGUGCCACAAAUUUGAGCACCACCAACGCGGCGAGUCUCGAGAAGGCGGCCCCUGCGAAGCCGGCACCCAGUCCUGAGAAACCUAGUGGUGCGCCAGUGAGAAGUGCGGACGCGACAACGGUGCCCGUGGAACCCACAAAGGCACCCGUGCCGCCGGUGCCCGUGACGGUUCCUCCACCCGCACCCAAACCGACGCCACCCCCUCCCCCCGCGCAGGCCGUUGCGACCCCCACGGUGGGACUAGCCGUGCCUAAGGAGAAUGGGGACGUGGGGUCGCAACACGGGGUUUUUUCGGUGUCUUGGCUGGACCUGGUCUCUGAUCCGAAUGUGGAGAGAGCCCUGCGCGAAGCGCGAGACGUGGACGUGCUAGCGCUGCAGGGAGUGGAGGCGGGGCACUGGGGUGUCCUGAUGGCCCAGCUGCCCGAGGGAUGCGAGCUUCUGAGGGGCACCGGGCUGGCGCUGGUGGUGCGACGGUCGGCAUUCCGGGUGGUCGAGCACAGCAAUCACACCUUGCAAAGCCUGGUCGCCAAAGAUCUGGAAUCUCUGGACGAAGCAGAUCGGGAAGCAGUGCGGAACCACUUGAGGCUGACGCCCGAUGGCCACUUGCUCACUGUGCGCCUUCAACCAUUGCUUGGCGGCCAGCCGACAGUGGACAGCCAGCGGCACCUUGUGGUGGCCAAUGCAGCACUCAGUCCUGCUCCACCGAGCAUAAACGCGUUGCAGGUGUGCUGUGUGGCACGCGAGCUGUGUCGUGAGGUGGGUGGAGCCACCCCGGCAGGUCGGAUGCUCGUGGGGCGUCUUCAGCUGAUGGCUGGCAGUCCGGCAUACCAGCUCCUGCGGGACGGCUACCUGGACGACGACAUGAUUGAGGAGCUGCAACGGCACCGGAACGUCGUCCUGCCCGGACGGGAGAGCGCUGCACUCGUAAACCUCUUGUGGAAGGCCUUCCAGCACCCAUCAUCGAGUUUACGCAGCUGCUAUGCAGCAAAGGCGGAGGAAGGAAUUCCUGCUCAGUGUCCCGCCAACUCGCCAGCCUGGUUCAGCUCCGAAAACCUGCGGCUGCUGCAGCCCCUUGCCGAGGGCAGCCACCUCGCCCGGCUGGCCUUCUGCAGCCAGUGAACAGCACAGGGGGAGACCCCCACACUUCUGUUUUUCUUCUUUUUUCUUUUUUUAAAGAAAGUCUCCCUAGCGUCACCCGUGGUUGGACUAUUUCUUGUAGAGAUGGUGGUGCCCUUCUUCCCACCCCUUUCUCCUUUGGACAAGAACUCUCUCUCCUCAUCUGCAGCUGCUCCUCCUCCCCUAUGCUUUUUGCUCUCCCACUUUCGGUUCUUGCAACCCCUAAGUCUUCUCUGCUGCAGUAGGUUGGCAUCUUGCAUUUGUCUCUCCGGUAUUGCCAAGGGUCCUCACCGCUCUGGUGCUUGGAAGGCCGCACGGUUGGUCGUUGCUCGUCAGCCAUCUUUAAAAGACUGACCUGUGGAGUGUUGUGCGGUGCUUGGCUGUUGCGCUGUUUCUUCUCGAAGACCCAUGAAUUGAAGCACGAAUUCGGUCAUCGCGACAGGUGGAGAGGCUGUCCAUUUAUUUUGGCAGCUUCUUCCGAUAGAUUGAUAUUUCUGUUCUCGCAAUUGCACUCUUUUGGUACGGUUAAUGUGACUUUGAGCCUGUGGUUCUGGUAGGCAGGCCUGUACAGCUUUGCCGGUGAUAAUAAGUAGGAAGUCUGUCCCGAAGGGCGGGCUCUCGAGUUAGACCAUGCAAGCGGAUCGCCGAAGAACUCUCUUUUUUAAGUGCAGAGAAUGCAGGCUGGAGGCACAUGUGCUUCUCGGCAACGUUUCCGAGCAAAUUAAUGAAAUCUACACAAAUGGCGCGCAUUAACUGACUUGCCGCACUCUGCUGGCAAUGCCUGUGCAAGAGGAGCAUAUCAUACUGGCAGAGGACAUUGUGCUGGGUUGAUGUGGUGAGAGCAGUUUUGCUCGAGACGGGGCAAAUGUAGAACGGUGGCGUGGAAGGCCUCACUCCACUCGUGCAAUAGCGCGGAGCGCCAUUUGUAUGCCGUACGAAAAGGGUUUUAACGUCAUCGGCCUCAGGUGACUCGCAAAGCACCGGGCCAGAGUCUGUACGAGCCUGUGCUUUGAUUGUGGGGAACGUCAACCCAGGCGGCAAACAUGCGUCCAAGCCGCAGGCUCACCUAUUUUGCCUGUUAGGCCAGGCACGUGGGGAAGAUGUUCCAGCCGUCUUCAAUAUUUUUUUCAUCUGUGUCUCGUUUUGUUGACACUUGUGUGCACGUUAUUGACUUCCAUAUUCACCAUGUUUUUUUUUUGUUUUUUUUCAUGUCGUGGGCCAGAGUUUUCAUUGCCCUGUCUUAAAGCGCUCACUUAUACCGAUGCAUUUUUUUUUCUCUAGAUGAUGCGCUACAGACGCCCUCCCUUUUACGAUGCUCGUUUCUCAGCACAUUGUAUCAUUGUUUUUUCUGGCUUGCAUAUUUUAGCAUAGCUGUUUGCUGCAGCUUCGAGCUUUGUUUAUUACCUUUUUUGUGGUUUCCUCUGUGAAUGUGGGGCGUGCAAAGGAAUCAAUCAAAAUUGGCUUUGUUUGUUUAGACUUUGCAUCAGUAGUUCUAGUCGAACCAUUGCCAGUUGCACCAUUGCGUUUUUUUUUUUUAAACGUAGGCAUGGGGGGUGCAAUGCUUCACAAAAUUGCAUUUCAAGAAGAUUUCUUGUUUGGGCUUUUGAAAUAGUAGUUGGAAUAAUAAUGUCCUCUUAUAAUUUCGUUCUCAUGUUUAAGGUUGUCGCACACAAUUCCGGAAGCUCACCGUGGGUAAUCAUUUUUGCCAGGGCCUUGGCAUGCAAAGGAUGUCUUGCAUGAAAUCAAGCUCGAAGCUGGAGUUUUUGUGAAUGGGGAAAAAAAAAGCAAAGCAUUCACAUGGCCAUACUUGGCAGUGCUUUUAGUUAAGGCAUGCAAUUUAAUUGUGAGUGCAGUGUCUGUAACGUGCUGUUUUCGUUUGAAUACUGUACACAUCAUUUAUUGUGUUUGCACAAGAGGAAAGCUGCAAAUGGCUGUAAAGGUGUGAUGGUUUGAUGAAUGUCCCUGAUGCUGUCUUAAAGGUUCGAGAAAAUAUAGCUGCAAUUGACGUAGAUACUACUAUUUAUGUAAUAUUUUCACUGGGCAGUUCUUGAUUUCUUCUUUCUUAUUUUCGUACUGAUUGUAUGCAAAGUUUUAUUAGAAGUACAACGCUGAGUUUCAUAAGCAGUGUGUAUCUGUCAAAAAAAAAAAAAAAGUAUGGCACAUGCUGCUGUUUACUUUUAGGCAAGCCAUGUGGCUGAUUUUAUGCUUUGUUUUUUUGUAAAGUACAAACCUGGCACCUACUACACGCAUUGUCACGAAUGACUCGACCAUCUGAAAAUUUCAUCUUUUACGGUGUGUGUGUGUGUGUGGUGUGUGUGCGUGUGGCGUGCAUGUUCCCGGGAAGCAGUAGUCCUCACGGUGACAUGUUUUUAAAAAGAGCGGUCCAGUUGCGACCCACCUCCUUCCUCCCCGACGACGGCAUCCAUUGAUUUUUUCUGGCUACCGACACCCCAACCUACCUGGCUCAGAGGUGCACGCAGUUUGACCCUUCCUUCGAGCUGCGCCUUCGAGAAUUUGCACCUCGACCCGGCAUAACCGAGUCGAGCUUCUGCCGCGAAGGGCGAGAUGUCCCGCAGUGGUCCAUGCCCCGGGCUGCUUGGUGGCUUGCAUUGCCUGCCCGGUGUUGUGCACUUGGUGCAGCCUCCUGGUGAAAUGGUCGGGUGAAACCGUGGCACUUAUCGCCCACCCGCGUGGCAUCGACCUUCCACCUUUUUCUCUUGUGUGUACCGCCUGCUGUACGAAAAUAAAUGUGGCAGUUGUAUACAAA